AUGGAUAGUGAUAAACAGCUGCAACCAGAUCUAGAAAGUGGUUCAAAUUCACCAACAUCAAAACCCUCUGAUUCUGAACCCACUUCAAAGCCACAAGAAAACAACAAUAAUAGCCCCAAAAAACCCAUUGCUAAUGGUAACUCCAAUCCCAGUAAUCCCACUAGUAACCCUAAUAGCCCUAAUUCUAAUGGUGAUGAUGAAGACCCUACAUUAGAGGACACAAACGACACUACCCUUGGAAAGGGCAUCCAAACAACCUUCAAAACCGCCUCAAAUCUUGGGAACUUCUUACCAACAGGGACUAACCUAGUUUUUGGGGCACUCAUACCAACCAUCUACAAAUCCGGGCAAUGUUCAUCACUUAGUGUAACCAUGAUGAUCUUCGCUUUAGUCUUCUGUUCCUUCUUCUGCUUCUUCUCCUGCUUCACCGACAGCGUCGAGCAACCUGCGAAAGAUAGCAAGGGAAACAACAAGACAAAGGUCUACUACGGAUUCGUGACCACCAAGGGUUUGUGGGUGCACAACCACCGCGGCUAUAUCGGCGGUAGGAGGUACAAGCUAGGGUUUGCCGACGUCUUGCACGCCGUGUUGUCAAUGGUGGUGUUCUUGGCGAUGGCUUUCUCCGAUCAGAGAGUCAUCGAUUGCUUGUUUCCCAAACAUGUGGAUGAUAUGGAGCAAGUGAUGAGAACCUUGGUUCUUGUUGUUGGAUUUCUUUGCUCAAGUUUGUUUCUUUUGUUUCCUGUCCAUAGACGCGGAUUUGUCCCAUCCUUGCCAAAGAAUGCUAAUGCUACCUCUACUGGCGCCGUCACUGCCACCACCAACACCAAUACUAAUACCACCGCAACGGCGGAAAAAAACGUGUAG